AGCUUAGUUUUCAUCUCUUCGAGAAUUUCAAUAGCAAAUUGAAACAGAAACUAAUCAAAUGGUCAAAUGUGAUGAGAUUGCAAGCGAUAUUGAAUUUGCAAGUGAGAACAUGUGCUAGUAUGGACAAAAAUCGAUCAAAGUACAGUUAUUUGUAUAUUAUUAUUUAGAAAGUUCUUGCGAAGGUCGAAACAAAUAUGAAAUGGAUAUUGUUAGUGCUGGUGAUUAGUUUCGAAUGUAUUAAUUGUGAUCAAAGUGAUCUGAAAAAUGGUCAACAUACCAGUAGCAAUGCUGGAAUGGACGACUAUCGUGGCCCUCGAACAUUUAGCUUCGAUAGUAAAGAAGAUGAUAGUGGUAUUCAUUUACACUUUUGGAAUGAUAUGAACAAUAAUGAAAACUAUUAUCCAAAUCUAAUGAAAUACAUAACAGCCGAAGCGGUUAACAAAGAUUUGGUAAAACCACCACCAAUGCACCAAUCAACAGACGACACGGAUAGUAUUCAUAUUAAUUUGAAUGAAAUUUUGCCGCAGCCACAAUCGCAACAAUCGCCAAAAAAUCAAUUGAAAAAUGCGUUUGCGCAAACAUUGGGACUCGAUGAAUUUCGUAAAAGUGAUCAAAAUCUAUACGAAACAUAUUAUAAAUUGAAUGCUGAUCGUUACAAACAAAGUCCAUUCAGUUGGAAUUAUCAUCCAUCAGCGAUCAAUUACAUUCCAAAAGUGUACGAUACGAAUUUGAAUAAUGCGGCACCGUUGCAAAUGCAAAAGAUACCAUCACUUGGUGGAAUCCAGCGAUCAACAUUAUACGAUCAAAUAUAUGGUACAAAGCAUUUUAUACAUGAUUAUUAUACGAAUUUGCAUAAAAAACCGAAGAGUGUAAUUGAUGCCGUUGGCUAUGAAAUUGGUGGAUUACCCAAAUACAGUGGACGUUUAUUAGCCAAUGAGCCGAUGCCUACACAAUAUCGAACUUUUAAAAUGUUCGAACCAGUACCAAGGCAAAUAAUGUUACCGCCACCAACAACUCGAAUACCCGACUUUAAACCGGUGCCGCCACGUUUAAAAGUGAUUCCAGUCAUUGAUGAAUAUCUUGAAACUCGACCAAAUUCCCAACAAAUACCGAAUUCAUUACCAUGGACUGUUAUCAAACCGAACGAGAAACUAAAACCAUUGCAUACGAAUUAUCUUUAUCCAACACCACCACAAAUAAUUCCGUUCAAAUUUAGUGAAGCCAUUACAAAGGCACCGAUUCGCACGUUCGCCCCAAAAACGGAAUUUAAUUACAUUGAACCAUCGACCGAGUCGUAUUAUAAACUUCAAGAUCUAUUUAAUCGCGGUUCGGCCAAUGAGUAUAUUCAUAGUUCAUCAACAACGUCACCACCAUCAAAUGCCUAUUUACCCAUACAUCGAGAUCAAAAGCAUACCAACACCAACAGUGUACAAUCACAAAUCGCUUUUGAACCGAUGAAUGAACCAAUUUCGAACAAUGGAUACCGCAAUGAUUCUAAAUCACAGGUUUUCACUAAUGAACCCUAUACACAUGAAUAUAUGACAAACAUAAAUCAUAUAAACAAUAAUAAUAAUAACAUUGGCACCGAAUCACUCAAAUUUAUUUCAACGGAAGAUUCUCGGUCCCCUUUAAAUAAAAAGAAAACAGUGCAACAAUUGAAUGACAAUAGUUUCGAGCCAACGAAACGAAAAAAAGUUAAAACAUCGCGAAAACCACAACGAGCACAUGAGAAAAUCACAAAUGAUGUCAUUAAAUUGAAUGUAACAGGUUUUCGUAAUGUGUCGCAAGAUGAUAAUCGUUUUGGCAAGAAUAGCGAAUCGUUCGAUAAAAAUCUGUUUAAAAAAGAAAGUGAUGCAUACAAUGUGGAUAAAUUGAAAUUGCAUGCAAUCGAUAGUGUAUCGGCUGACUCAAUUCAAUUGAGCCAAACAUAUAGUCGGCAAACUACAAAUGUUCCGCAUUCAAAACCAACGUCAGCGUCCAGAGAACAGGACAGUAUAUUGAUGCAAUUGGCUAACGAUGUUAAAAAGGCGCUGUUAACAUCAUUGGGCAAUGAUACCAAUAAUAAUUUCUAUGAAAGUGAUGAAAUGAAACAAAAAGAUCCAUUUCUAAUAGCGGUCUAUGAUCGAAAUGAACGAACGAAAUUCGAUGACGAAUCUCGUCUGGGCGAUGAUUUACAACUUGCCGAAACAAUGGACCGAAGUAAUUCGUUGAUGAGAAAUGCAACUAACGAUGGCAACAGUUCAAUUCAACGUAUCGAUCAUGGUUGGGCCACAUCAACCGAUCAUGACGAUCAAAAUACACACCAAAAUGUAAACAAACAAGACGAACGUAAUCAUGACGACAAUCAUCAAAAUAAUAGCAACAUUAAAACCGUACAAAAACCGUCCCAUACGAUAAAUGAUGUCGCAAAAAAUGUAAAAAACCAUACAAGCAUUGAGGAGACACAAAAUAAUGAAUUGAACAGCACAUUCAUAAAUAAUAAUUACUACAAAUGGUUUAAUAACUAUGCUGAAAAGAAUAAAAAACUCGGUCGCACAGUUAUCUCGGAACAUUUUAAGAAAGUCGAAAUUGAACCGAAUAUCUCGUUCGUUUUACCAAGAAAUCAAGAGAAUUUGUCUACGAAAACCAAACAGGAAAAGGUCUAUCGUUCAAGAAGGUCUGGCGAAAAUGAAACCGAUCCAACGGUGACACCAAUUAAAUGUAGCACAACUUGCACUCAAUCAUUACCACAAAUCAACGAUCCAAUUUCCUAAAACCAAAGUGUAACACUAAACUAUUUGUUUUGUUUCUAUAUUUUAUCGAUUUUCUCUCUGUAAGCUUAUAUUAAUUUAGAUCGUUACAUUGUU